AUGGCUCUCACCAAGGCGAAGCUCUCGCUCGCCGAGAAGCUGGACUUCCUCCCUGCGCUCGCGACCAUCGUCGUCGCCGCCUGCUACUCUCUCCUAACAGGCCUUUGGCGCACCGAGCGCCAGGCCAAGACCCUGCUGCUGCACUUCGGCUAUGCCAUCUUCCGCCAGGCCACGAGGCGCCUGUCACCAGCGCAGAUGCAGUACGUGCUGCCCCCGUCAAAUAAAAUUUACGAGCAGUACGUGCGGAAGGCCGGCCUGCGGCCCGAGUCCGUGGAGUUGGGGUAUGGCGCGCUGGGCCACUGGAUUGGCGACCGCGAUGCGACAAAUGUGCUGAUCUGGUUUCACGGGGGCGGUUUCGGCCUCCCCGCCAACAUGGGCUACUUCAAGUUCUACGCCCAGCUCAUCCACGACCUCGAACGCGCCGGCAAGCGCGUCGCCGUCUUUAGCCUCACCUAUACCCUCGCACCGCAAGCAACCUACCCCACGCAAUUGCGCCAGGCCGUCGCCGCCGUGCGCUACAUCCUCGCCCAGCCGAACCGCGACCCGAGCUCCGUCUUCCUGGGCGGCGACUCCGCGGGCGGGAACUUGGUCGGCGGUGUGCUCUCGCACGCGGCGCACCCGCACCCGCAAAUCGAGCCGCUGGCGCUCGGCGGCGUGCAAUUCGGCGGUGCCGCGAUGAUCGCGCCGUGGACGCUGCUGGACACCGAGUUCCCCGGGCAGGACAUCGACCACGGCGGCGAUAUUAUUACCACUGCGGUGGCGGCGCCGUGGUCAACCGCGUAUCUGGGGACUGCGAAGCGCGAUUAUUACACGGACUUGUCGACGGCGCCGGCCGAGUGGUUUCAAGCUUUCCCGGUUCGCGCGGUGCUGAUUACUGGCGGAGAGAAUGAGAUCCUGUUGCCGAUUAUUAGAGACUUUGCCGAGAAGAUCCAGGCCGGGUUCACGGAUGUGGAGUUGUUCGUGGGGCAUCGCGAGUGCCAUGUGGCGCCGAUUUAUAAUUUGUAUCUGGGUGAUAAGUCGGAGACCGAGCAGGGGAAGAAGGUGAAGUCCUGGUUGACGGAGCUGGCGGUGUAG